GUAGAACCGUCGUUACGUCACCAGCCGGGGUUUCCUUGUGAAGUGAACCGUACGACGUCAUGGCUGGGGCCGGUUGUCGGAAGACCCUGUACUGAGAUGCCAGCUAUCUAGGCUCGGAGCUGUCUAAGGAACAGUCAACUUUGUUUGUCCAAAAGAAAAGGGGACCCCGUUUGAUUUUUAGAGGAAGUGGAGAACCACCAUUGUACCAGUUUCAUCGAAAGGAGUCGUCUCUCCCUAAGUGGGAGAUAGUUAGCUGGCUAGCGUAAGUUAGCAUUAGCUACCACCAGCUGCUGGCUAACAAUUUAAUAAAAGAAGAAAGGACCACUGAAGUGCAAGGUGGCUUUGGAUUACAACUUCUUUACAUUGUAUCAGGUAAACUACGUGCCACUGUAUACAACAAAUAUUAAAAGAAAUCCUGGAUUGUGGACGUCAACAUGGCUGGACGCAGUGAGGAUGAAAGUGUAAGCAACAACAGUGAAGAAUCAAGUAAUUCAGAUGACGAAUCUGAUUCUGGAUCUCGCUCUGCAUCUGGGUCUAGCUCGGGCUCAAGUUCCAGUUCUUCCAGCAGCAGCAGCCAAUCAGGAAGCAGUGACUCAGGAAGUGGUUCUGACUCUGGCAGUCAGUCAGACUCUGAUACAGAGAAACCCAAAGAAAAGUUGGAAACACCAAACAAGUCCAAUAUUGAUGGAACAGAGUUCUGGAAGUCCAACCCAAGUAUACUGGCGGUGCAGAGGUCUGCAAUGCUCCGGAAACAGCAGCUUCAGCAGCAGCAGCAACAGCAGCAGCUGGUGCAGAAACAGAGUUCCUCUAACAGUGGCUCGGACGAGGACUCAUCAAGUGAUGAAAGUGACUCAUCCAGUGGUUCAAAAAAGAGAAGAAAUUCAGGUUCCUCCGGCUCUUCAUCAAGUUCUGGUUCUGGAAGUGAUUCUGGGUCAGACUCCUCGGCAGAGGACAAGAGCGAUGAGACUGCGUCAGACUAUGAACCAAGCAACAAAAUUAAGAGCCGAAAACCACCGACCAAGAUGAAUUUUCGCAAUGGAAAUAAGAGCAGUGCUCAGCGGAAGAAAUCCAAAAAGUGCUCGUCUUCAGAGGAUGACGAUAACAGCUAUAAGAAGGAGGCAUCUGUGGGGCCACGGCGGCAGGCAACGGUCAACGUCAGCUACAAAGAGGAUGAAGAGCUUAAGACGGACUCAGAUGAUAUGGUGGAAGUUCUCGGAGAAGACGUCCCACAGCCAGAGGAAGACGAGUUUGAAACGCUGGAGAGAGUGAUGGAGUCAAGGAUUGGAAGGAAGAGAGCUACAGGAAGCAUAACAACCGUAUAUGCUGUAGAAGCAGAUGGGGAACCCAACUCCAACUUCGAUCCGAACAGAGAGGCUGGUGAGGUCCAGUAUUUGAUAAAAUGGAAGAACUGGGCCCACAUCCACAACACGUGGGAGACUGAGGAAACACUAAAGUUGCAGAACGUCAAGGGCAUGAAGAAGCUGGACAACUUCAAGAAGAAGGAUCAGGAAAAAAAGAAAUGGUUAAAAGCCGCCUCACCAGAGGAUAUAGAGUACUUGAAUUGUCAAGAGGAAUUAAUAGAUGACCUACAUUCUCAGUACCAAUUAGUAGAGCGAAUUAUAGGCCAUUCAAACCAAAAAUCAGCAGCAGGUUAUCCAGAUUACCUGUGCAAGUGGCAGGGCUUACCAUACUCAGAAUGCAGCUGGGAAGAUGGAGCACUGAUUGCCAAAAAGUUUCAAAAAUGUAUUGAUGACUACAUGAACCGCAACCACUCCAAGACCAUUCCAUCCCGAGACUGCAAGGUCCUCAAACAGAGACCAAGAUUUGUACCCAUGAAGAAGCAGGCUUCCUACAUAGGUGGUGAAGGACUGGAACUCCGAGACUACCAGCUGCACAGUUUAAACUGGAUGGCUCACUCUUGGUGCAAAGGACACAGCUGUAUCCUUGCUGAUGAGAUGGGUCUAGGAAAGACCAUUCAGACCAUCAGUUUCCUCAACUACUUGUUCCAUGAGCAUCAACUGUAUGGACCCUUCUUAUUGGUGGUGCCCCUCUCUACUCUGACCUCCUGGCAGAGAGAGAUCCAGCUGUGGGCUCCACCCAUGAAUGUUGUGGUCUACCUGGGUGACAUCAGCAGCAGGAACAUGAUUAGGACACAUGAGUGGAUGCAUGUCCAUAAUAAGAAAAUGAAAUUUAAUAUCCUUCUCACAACAUAUGAGAUUCUUCUCAAAGACAAGUCAUUCUUAGGCAACGUCAACUGGGCCUUCAUUGGUGUGGAUGAGGCCCACCGACUGAAGAAUGAUGACUCGCUCCUUUACAAGACCAUGAUCGACUUCAAGUCCAACCACCGGCUCCUUAUCACAGGAACCCCACUGCAAAACUCGCUGAAAGAGCUCUGGUCCUUGCUGCACUUUAUAAUGCCAGAAAAGUUCCAUUCUUGGGAGCUGUUUGAGGAGGCUCACGGUAAAGGCAGAGAUUCUGGUUACACCAGUCUGCACAAAGAACUGGAGCCGUUUCUGCUUCGCAGGGUCAAGAAGGAUGUUGAAAAAUCUCUUCCUGCCAAGGUCGAGCAGAUCCUUCGAGUGGAGAUGAGUGCUAUCCAGAAGCAGUAUUACAAAUGGAUUCUGACCAGGAACUACAAGGCUCUGAGUAAAGGUACUAAAGGAAGCACGUCAGGCUUCCUGAACAUCAUGAUGGAGCUGAAAAAGUGCUGCAAUCACUGUUACCUUAUCAAACCGCCAGAGGACAACGGGUUUCUAAACAGAGCUGAGGCUUUACAGCAACUGAUCCGAAGCAGUGGGAAGUUGGUUUUGUUGGACAAACUGUUGGUGCGUCUGAAGGAGAGAGGCCACAGAGUUCUCAUCUUCUCCCAGAUGGUUCGAAUGCUGGACAUCCUGGCUGACUAUCUCAAAAGUCGUCAAUUCCUCUUUCAGCGAUUAGAUGGCUCCAUCAAAGGAGAAAUGAGGAAACAGGCCUUGGACCACUUUAACGCUGAGAACUCAGAGGAUUUCUGCUUUCUGUUGUCCACUCGUGCUGGAGGUCUGGGUAUCAAUCUGGCAUCAGCUGACACAGUGGUCAUCUUUGACUCUGAUUGGAACCCUCAGAAUGACCUACAGGCUCAGGCCAGAGCUCACAGAAUUGGACAGAAGAAACAGGUGAACAUCUACCGCCUUGUGACGAAGAGCUCAGUGGAAGAAGACAUUAUAGAAAGAGCCAAGAAGAAAAUGGUGCUGGACCACUUGGUCAUUCAGAGGAUGGAUACCACCGGAAAAACUGUUCUCCACACGGGCGCUGCCCCCUCCAGUUCUGCACCUUUCAAUAAAGAGGAACUUACUGCCAUCUUGAAGUUUGGUGCUGAAGAGCUUUUCAAAGAGCCAGAGGGUGAAGAGCAGGAGCCUCAGGAAAUGGACAUUGAUGAGAUCCUAAAAAGAGCCGAGACCAGAGAAAAUGACCCUGGACCCUCCACAGUUGGAGAAGAACUGCUGUCUCAGUUUAAGGUAGCCAACUUCUCAGUGAUGGAAGAUGAGGAACUAGACAUCGACUCUGAGCGUAGUCAGCGCAGCUGGGAUGAUAUUAUUCCUGAGGAGCAGAGGAGAAGGAUGGAGGAAGAGGAGAGACAAAAGGAGCUGGAAGAAAUCUACCUUCUACCACGAAUGAGGAAUUGUGCCAAACAGAUAAGCUUUAAUGCUGUUGAGGGCCGGCAGAGCAGAAGCAGGAGAUACUCUGGCUCCGACAGUGACUCUCCCUCAGACCGUAAAAGGCCAAAGAAACGAGGGCGACCCAGAACCAUACCACGAGAGAAUAUCAAAGGUUUCAGUGAUGCAGAGAUCAGGAGAUUUGUAAAGAGUUAUAAAAAGUUUGGAGGACCGCUUGAAAGGUUGGACGCUAUUGCUCGUGAUGCAGAACUUGUAGAUAAGUCUGAACAUGACCUUAAACGCCUCGCAGAAACAGUUCACAAUGGCUGUUUGAGAACACUACGAGAAAACCCCUGUGGACCAGACAGAAGCUCAGGUGGCAGACGAGGGAAGGUAAAAGGGCCAACAUUCAGGAUUUCUGGAGUCCAGGUGAAUGCCAAGCUUGUUGUGUCUCAUGAGGAAGAGCUGGCUCCUCUUCACAAGGCCAUUCCUGCGGACCCAGAGGAGAGAAAGAAGUACAUGAUUCCAUGUCACUCAAAGGCAGCACACUUUGACAUUGAGUGGGGAAAAGAGGAUGACUCCAGCCUCCUAAUAGGAAUCUAUGAAUAUGGAUAUGGCAGCUGGGAGAUGAUCAAGAUGGACCCUGAUCUUAACCUCACGCACAAGCUCCUUCCAGAUGAUCCAGACAAGAAGCCUCAGGCCAAGCAGCUACAGACCAGGGCAGAUUACCUCAUCAAGCUGCUGAGCAAAGACCUGGCCAAAAAAGAAGCACAGAAACAAGCANAACAGGCAAAUUCACGAAAGAGAAAACCAAGGAAUAAAAAAAGCAAAACUCUGAAGCCAUCAAAGAUUGAUGAGGGGGCAAAGAGUCCGUCCUCUGACCUCCCAUCAGACAAGAAGUCAGAUGUUGACGAGGAUGACAUUAAGGAGGAAAUGGAGAUGACGCCAGUGAAGCCUCCAAUCAGACGCAGUCGAGCAGACAGAACUGUGAAGGAUGAAGAGGAGGAGGAGAAAGAGGAGGAGGAGGACGACGACGAUGAUGAGGAGCCCGAUCAGGAUGAUGCUUCUUCAUUAGAAGAGAUGGAGGUCGUAGAAAAGGAGAUAAAAAAGGAUGUCAAAAAGGAAAAGAAGGAACAAAACUGGGACAUUAAAGAGACAAAGGAGCUGAAAGACAAAAAGGAAAAUAUGGCUGUGGACUCAGUGAAACAGGAGAGCAACAAUGACAAGAAUGAGGUCAAACCUGAAGUGAAGACUGAGGCACCAGAACGGACAAAGAAAGCCUGCAACAUGCCAGUCCAUAUAACAGCAAGUGGAGAAAAUGUUCCCAUUUCUGAGGAGUCUGAAGAGCUGGACCAAAGAACCUUCAGUGUGUGUAAAGAAAGAAUGCGGCCAGUGAAAGCAGCCCUCAAGCAGCUGGACAGGCCGGAGAAAGGUCUCUCUGAACGUGAGCAGCUGGAACACACAAGGCAGUGCCUGAUCAAGAUCGGGGACCACAUCACUGAGUGUCUGAAGGAGUACUCCAAUCCUGAUCUGAUCAAACAGUGGAGAAAAAAUCUUUGGAUAUUUGUUUCCAAAUUCACAGAGUUUGAUGCCAGAAAACUACACAAACUCUACAAGCAUGCAAUCAAAAAAAGACAAGAAAAUGCCCAGGCCAUGGAACAGAACACUAGGAGUAUAAACACACACAGCUAUAAGCAUGCAGAUAUUGAACGGCUGAAGGACAACGCUCACCAGGAUGAAAGCAGCCGGGACAGCAUAAGCUCAGAGAGGCAGCAACCGACGGGGAGAAUCCAUGAGAGCAGCAGCAGCAGCAGCAAGGAGAGGCACGGCUCACAAGAGUCCCACAGGAAGACGACGGGAGGAGAGCCACGAAAAAGACCUUUCUCCUCCUUUAGCAAUGGCAAAGAUCACAGAGAACGAGACCACUACAGACCAGACAGCAGGGACAGAGACCGAGACAGAGACCGAGACCGAGACAGAGAAAGACUGGACAGAUACUACAAUGAUGUGAAGCACAGGAAGCUGGAGGACUUCCGUUCCAGCAGAGACCACCGGCUGGACAUGAAGGAGCACUCCCACUGUGACCAACGCACUUCAUACCGCUAUCAGGCAGACUGGCAGUCAGAGCAGCGCGCCUCAGGCCCCGGGCCGCGCUCACCUUACGAUGCCCGCUCGCCAAUGGGGCACCGCUCGCCUUUCGACUGCUUGUCAGACCACAAAAGCACACCAGAGCAGAUUUGGAGCAGCAGAAAGACAUAACAGGAGCUGCACGGCGCUGCCCGCAGCAGCAGCAGCCAUGGACUCAACACAUGCCUUACACAUAGGGACUGUUGAGUUUGAAGCACUGUGUUCCAGUCAGUUCAGCAUGACUGUCAUCUAACUUCAGCUUAUCUCAAAUACUGUGAGAUAACAGAGGCCAGGUAGCAGCUCAAACCAGGUAGCAGAUUUAAAAAAAAAAAAAAAAAAAAAAUUCAAAUCAUAUUUUUCUAUGUAAGAGUUAAAAGCUGCAUCGUUGGUGUCUUCAACAGAAUGCAGUGCUUUUUUGUUUUUUUUUUAUAUAGUUUUUUAAAUGCUGAAAAUGGACACAGUUUACCCUGAGUACUGCCUCAUAUUCGCACCGACACUGGAUUCUAUAUUUGAUUGAUCUCCAUGUUCGUCUGCCUCUGUCAUGCUCAGUGCAAUUAUGGGGCUUAUUUAAGUCACAUGUCAUAUGGAUCGCAUGAUAUGUCGAUGUAAAAGGUUAAAUCCAGUCUGGGUUCAGGCUCAUCACCUGAAGUACCUCAUUUUCAAUACCUUACGUAUUUCCUCACUAGGAUUUCCUUUCACCAGGUGUGAAUUAUUUAAUAACAUAUCUUAGCUGUAAAAUAUAACUUCAAUUUUUUUUUUCUUUUUUAGAGAACUUGUAUUUUUUUUUUCCUUCAAUGAUACUGUACAUUAUGUAAAAUAGUAAAUUGGUGGUCUUUUUCCUCAGGAUUGACUCGACUUUUUCCCCAUCAACUCAGGCUAUUUGUCAUUGGACUCUUGACUUUAUCUACAAACAUUUUCUCCUGAAAAUACUUUCAGAAUGUAAUUUUUUUGUAAAGGGAAAAGGUCUUUAAGGACAUGCAGUUUAAUUCACUAGCGCUAGUUCCUUUGUCUCAGUAAAAACAUGUUGGAUGAAGCUGUCUUUUGUAAUUACAUUCUGCAGGAAGACGUUUGUCUUUCCACAUCAGCUCUGGUUUGAGCCGUUUUCUUUCUACUUUAUUGUUUCCUGUUUAGGCAAUAAUGAUUUUUCUAUGCAGCCAAGUAUGUCUGUGGUGAUACAGCCACCUGAAUGAAGUCACUGUUACAGUUCACACUGUUGUACAUAACUUUCCUUUAUUUCAAGAUGAAAUUACACUGAAAGUGCAUGAAUUUUUAUGAAGUGUUUUAUAUAGCUGUUUAUGAAGCCAUUAAAAUGAAUCAGUGUA